AUGAAUCCCUUCAGCAGCACCAAGAACGACCCGCCAGCCACCAACCCGCCCACCACCGAGCACCCUCCAUCGAGAUUCGGCCCCGGCGCAGAGCAAGACCGCUACGCCAUGCACUUCGGCAUCAGCACCGACGGCCUCGAGCGCAUCAAGAAAGCGGCGAGCUAUAAGGGCACUGGCGCCGAGCAGGACCGCUACGGGGCACACUUCCACCUCGACAAUGAGAAGGUCAUGAAGGCCACGCAGAGCCUACUAAAUGCGAAGGGCGCGGGCGCCGAGCAGGACAGAUACGAGGGCCACUUCGGGCUCGGAGCGGACGGGUGGGCGCGGGCGAAGAAGCUGGCGGCUAUGAAGGGCGAGGGCGCGGAGCAGUCAUCUAACAGUGCUCAGGACCGGUACGGAUCGCACUUUAGUUUUGACCGCAAUGCCGUCGAGAAGACGGCCAAGUCGAUACAGGAAGGUGUCAAGGAUGCUACGCAGAAGAAAUAG